GAGAUACUUGUGAUAAAUUCGAGCUGCAGAACGUCGAUCACCAGCACUUAACGUAGAUCCUGGAACAACAUGAAAGUCUUUGUAUAUCUCGCAGUUUUGGUUGGGUUAGUUUAUGGACAAUGCGAUCCAGCUGGAAACUGUAGUCCGCCAGACUGUCGAUGUUUCAAAGACAACACUACUCCCGGGGGAUUACAGCCAGAUGAAAUCCCUCAAAUGGUGGUUAUUACAAUGGAUUAUGCUCUGAAUUCUGAAUACGCCGAGUUGUACGACCAAUUGUUCACCACCACCAAUCCAAAUGACUGUCCAACUUUGGGUACCUUCUAUCUCCAGGAUCUGAAUACAGACUAUGAUGUUGUAAAGGCUUAUUAUGACAGGGGAUUUGAAAUAGGUGUCAGUUCUGUCGAUGGAACAAUUCCUAAAGACGAAGUAGGAUGGGUUGACCUAAUCAAAACUGUAAAAACUAAAAUAACUGGUGCUGGCAUCAAUGGUGAUGAUGUACGGGGAUACAGACCACCACAGUUAAACUUUGGAGGAACUGAAGAAUUUAUUGGUAUCGGCGACAAUGGCUUGGUCUACGAUGCUGGUUGUGUGACUUCAGAGUACGAUACAGCAAGCAACUUCAAGUGGCCAUUUACAUACGACUUCCCAGAGGGAGCAACAUGUAAUGGCCAGAGUAUGCCAGUAGAUAAAGAAUUCAAGGGUAAAUGGGAGCUCAUCAUCCCAGAUUUCACUUUCACGAAUGACACAAAAUGUGAAGUUCCACAAGGGUGCACUAAUGUUGAAACGAAGACAGAUGCUUUCAAUAUAUUAUAUGAUAACUUUAUUGCUCACUACGAGGGUAGCCGAACACCAUAUAUCGUUAUUAUUGAUGCUGCUUGGAUGAAGACCGACUUCAAGAGAGAAGGAACUGUAGAAUUCAUGGAUUACGUCAGAGCAGGUUUCCCUGACACUUGGGUAGUUACAGCCUGGCAGUCACUCCAAUGGGUACAAAAUCCAACCCCAACUGCCAACAUUUCAUCAUUCGCACCAUGGUCAUGUUGACAGACAAAAUCCGGACAAUAAAAUAUUAAUUGAUAAAUUAUUACCAUGCUACGAUUAAAAAAAGAAUUAAAGAAAAAUUCUGUUCAGUUUGACCAGAUUUGUUGACUUUACAUUUACAUGUACCUUGUCAGAGAUUAGCAUCAUAAUGCUAUAAUAAAUGUUUUUAAGAAUAAUGUUAA